AAAAGAGGGCGGCUGAACUCUCAGGAGAACCGACCGAGCCGAGGAAGAAAGCAAAGACCUCGGCGAAGACCUCGACGACCACAACCGUUGAGGCGCGCGCUUCUCGCCCCGUGCGCCCUGAGGCUGGUCGGGGAGAGGGCGUGGGCUCUGGCGGAGCCACGAUGGCACCUCCGUGUCCGGUGCCGAUUUCGCAAGUCCCUGGUCGGCGGGAAGCUCCAAAUUCCGACCAGGGAGGGAGGACCUCAGCAGAUCUGGCGCUCGCACGCCCCACCUCUACCACGCAGCGGUCCGGUCAGCCGUCUACUCGACCCCAAUUCCCCAGCUCUGAGCCGGGGAAUAGCCAAGAAGCAACGGGGUCGGCCGCACCCAGGCCAGCUGAGGCCGGUCUGGCGGGUCCUUCGGGUCCUCAGGAGCGGGUGCCUUACGCUCCUGGAUGGGCUGUUUUCGAGGGCGACUCGGCCCUCGAUAAUGUACAAGUGGCGCGCGAAGUUCUUCGGGUCGCGCUGCUCCCGGCCGACCAGGCCAAAAUUCGGUCCAUGAACUACGGCGAGUUCAUGGACUCCGCUAUUUGCUCUUCCAUCCGACGCCUCCACGAGACCGAGACGAUGAUUCACAUCAUCCAGGACUAUCGGGACCGGGCCCGAAGGCAUCAAAGGGGGCGCGAGGAGGCCGAAACAAAGUUCCUCGCGUCUGAGGCCGAGCAGAAAGUGCUUCAAGCGAAGCUAGGGGCGGCCGAAGACAAGGUUCGGACUCUGGUCGCCGAACUUGAAGAGGAGAAGGGCGCGCACUCUUUGACUAGGUCCGAAGUGCGCGCCGCGGAGGCCCGCCGGACGGAGGCCGAAUCGUCGCUCGCUAUACGCGAGCAGGAGGUGGGGGAGGCUCGAAUAAAGGGCUUCAAGGACUUCCGCAAUCAGUUGCGGCGGCUUCUCCCAGAUUUCGACCUUAGCCUGCUUCAACCAGGCGCUGGGGUCGAAAACCCAGAAGCGGAGGCGGAGGUAGAGGUUCCAACCUCUGGCGGGACUGACCAGGAGGGUCAAGCUGAAGAAGGCGAGAUCGUUCUCGAGGUCACCGAGGCAGCUCCUAAAGCCAUCGUGGGGGCCUCGGCCGCAGAAGAGCCAGCUGUUCCUGAAGUCGCCGGGCCUGAGCCCUUUGUGUAG